ACUUGAUCCGUUUAGCUCCUCAGUCUCUCUAGCUCCGUUUCAUUGGGGAGGACUGCAUAGCUUCCAGAAGCCUCAGCCGGACUGCACAUACACGAAACCCAGAAGAAUGUUAAAAAUUAUAGACAGUCGGUGUGAGCCAUCUAUUGAAGAACCCAGUAAAGAAGAUGGAUUGAGAAGCUGAAUUGCUGUUAAGUUUUUGUAAGAUACGCACCCUGCUGAACACACAAGUUUUCAAAGGCAAUCAGACAUACGCACCAAUGGAUGAGCAAGACUAUCCACACGUAAGAGGUUAAAGAUUUGGUUCUGUAUCUCUUUAUUGAAAUUACAUCGUAAACGAAGAACUUAAAUCAAAACUAUUUUUCCGACAUCUGGACGUAAAAAUGGGCUGUUCCCCAUCCAAGGGUCAGCUUUUCCCCGGUGUCGCAGAUGGGAUCCACAAGGAUCCGCUGCCAGGACCACCAAAGUUGGGUGACAUCAAACCUGUUGAGGGAGAAAACCAAGAUAUUAACGAUAUGGAUAUUGACAAAGAAUUAGAGGAAUUCUCAUUAUCAGAGGUGAAUCCUAUGGCCCCUCUGGGCAAAGUGUCGGACAUGGCCCCCAACACAGCUGUUGUGUCAAACCCAGGGGCUGUCUCUGAAAUCGAGGUCAAAAUGACGUCUAAGGUGAGAGACAUACAGAGUGAGAAAUUACUGGAAAAGCAGGUGAAAAAGGUAGAGCAGCGAAGGAAAAAUAAGAGUGUCAAACAGGGUUGCCGAAAAGAAAAGGAGAUAAAUACCUCCAUCAUGCAGGGGAAGCUGGACCUCCCCAUACACAUUGUGAGAGCUCACCAGGCCGCCUACAAAUACCUGAACCCCAACAUCUCCAAGUGUGAGACCCUGCUGGAGAUGCUGGACCAGGUCGCCCAGACCCACCUCUCCCUGCAGCCCAUCAUAACAGUCAUUGUAAUGCUCUUCGAGGAGGUCAACCAGGCCCUAGAGGAGAUGGCUGAUGAUGGCGAGCUGAUGCUGAAGGAACAUGGCAACCACAUGGCCUGGCCCUCCGAGACAAGGGCCCCAUAUCCCAUCCCGGCCAAGCCCAGUGCUGACCCAUCAGAACCCCCGCCAGACCUGCUGCAGCAGCUGCUCCAGGAUUCCACUGAAAAGUUUAAGCUGGUGGGGAGCUCGGUCCAAGGCCUGGGAGACACCGCACUGCAAGAGGCGGCAGACUACUUUGCCUCGCUAUCUAAACUACUGGGCAAGACGCUGCAGGCCAAGCGAGCGGUAGAGGAGCGUCUGAGCCAGGUGCUGGCACGCGUGGAGGCAGCCGCCAAGUGCAACCUCGAUGACUUGUCUCUUCACAGCGAGGACAGCGGCAUUGGGGGAGAGAAUGAGUCGCUGAAGGGAUCAGAGCGUCAACGUCGCCAACGGGGGAGUUCUGGGCCCGGUGGCAGUGCUCGCCCCACACCCCUAAGCCAUUCACCUGACAAGGUAUGCCUUAAUAAAAGUGAGGAGGAAAAUGAGGAAGUGGAUGAUGAUGAAGAUGAGGAGGAUGAAGAGAGAUCAGGGAGGGUGCGGUCCAACUCUUCCUCGUCAGACCCCAUUCAGACCCCCAAGCGCAGUGAGAGGCAGCCACCCAAACAACCCCAGACCGCUGCCCCCUUGGGCAGGCCAGUGAGACCGCCACACUCACAGUCCAUAGAAUCUUUCGAUGUUCAGGAGCUGCAACAGAAAGAUCUGGACCAGCGGAUGGGAGACGACACUCUGAGGAGACACUCUUCAGGAAGGAGGAAGGUUUCUAGAUAUGAACUCAAACGGUCCGCGAAGGCAAACCAAACACCAACUUCUCUACCAGCGAUAGCACCACAACCCCCUGGCCGCAACUCCGUCAAAAGACUCAUAAACACAUUCAGUGGUGGGACGGAUGUUAGACAAGUCCAAAGUCUCACUAGUACACACCUUAGGGGGUCUAGGAGGAGUGAAACUCCAGGUCCUCCCUGGCCAGUGGAAGGCAGGGAGGACCUAGAUGUGGACUACCUGCCCCCACCUCCCCCUGAGGUCCUGAUGGACAACUCUUAUGAGAGCAACGAGGAGAACCCGGAUGAUCAGGGCGGGGAAGAGGAGGACAUCACCAGUAGGGGCCACCCUGUGCCACACCAAACAAGCACCACCUGUCAGCGCCUGAGGGCCUCGUUGCAGACCAUGACGGUUCUGCCCAACCGUGGCAGUGUCGGACCAAUCAGGCAAGAUACCAUGGUGAGGGGAGAUCAUCAGGCUACAUCGCUAUACAGUCAGGCCUGCAAGAUCAUCCACCUGCGCAAUGCAACUGAAUCCACUCCUACGAGACCUGAUCAGGGGGUUCGAGGACCCCUUAGAGCUGGGGUGAGCCUCAGGCAAGGAAGCAGCAACCACUAUGGGGGGGAGUAUUACCCCACCAGCAUACCACCAACCAUCCCAACAGUCUACAGAGUUCGCCUACCACCCUCUUGUCCCUCUAUUCAACAAGAACUACCAAUCCCCCCUGCUUUAUCACAGCCUAAUCCACCUUCACGUCCAUCCUCACCCCGGGUCCUGAGAUUGAGCACAGAGAAGAGUGGUGAAGAAGACAGGUCACCCUCAGUGUCCUUCAAUGAUGCCCGAUCGGUGUUCUGUCAAAAUAGUCAAUCGAACUCCCAGAUCUGGACCCCCUCCUGUAGCUCUACGCUACCCAGGGCCUAUGGUGAGCCCUCCCGGGGAAGGCUGUCCACACGAGGGUCCCAGACUGUCAGUAGGCGCAGCCAGUCUGACCAGAGACCCAGCCUGAUGACACAACAAGACGAGUCCCUUGUCCCAGGCACAUCACAGGCCAGGAUUGGAGGAAGUGCGUCAAAUAUCACCAAUAACAGUGAGAGGAUGGUCAAGGGUCUUGUGACGGAAGGGGAGAACCAAUCAGAUCCAAGUGAUGCUGCUCCUACUGACUUGAACCCUGAGCAGUAGUUCAUGGCAGCCUGCCAGGGCAGAAUCUACCAAGCGAAUUAGAGGGUGAUGAUUGAGCAUAGAAAGGGAUUAUGGAUUAGGACUCUGAAAGCUAGAGGUUUUCCGUCUCUUCUAAUGAGAGAAGAGGUUUAUUCUAAGAAAGUGUGUUAGGUUGCAAUUGAGAAAAAUACUAAAUACAUGUGUUGGUUCUAUAACUUCCUCUGAAAUCUUAAGUUUUACAGUAAUUACUGAAAACGUUAUUCCAACAACAAUAAAAUGUACUAAAUUAGGAUUUGUUGAAGAUUAAUAAUGAUAUAAUAUAUGAUAAUAAUAAUAUUUGCAAUCUGUCAAUACAUUGGUGAAAAUAAAAAUUUAUGAUUGACUAUGACUAAUUAUAUACUGGUAAAAUUAUUUGUUUCCUGUUCAUGUCAUACUGUUUUUGAAUUAGCAUUUGUGUUUGAACUGUUGGCAUUUUUGUUAUACAGUAACUACAGUGUUUGCUUAUAAAUGUUGUUUUAUUAUUAUUGUUAUUCAUAGUCACCUUUUUUGUAUUUUGUUUAAUUCUACUUCUUUCUAACUUUGUUCCUAAGAAAUGUUGUACAUUUUUUUGUGUCUGUGCUU